UUUCUGAAAUUAGGAUAGGCAAAACUGACAUUCAUCAUAUUCACCAAAGUAAAACAAUACUUUAUUACAAGCAUAAGCAGUCAUAAAAUAUUACACUGACUGCAUCAGAAGUAUACUUUGUGGUCUCAGUUUCAACUGCUAAAAUCAAAGGAUUAGUGAAAUGUACAUAUACAAUUCGGAAUCACUGCAAAAAGCCACACAACCCACAUGUAAAAUUGUCAAACAAAAACUGGGGCACUUCAGUUACAAUAAAGCAUUUUUUUCAUCUUUCUCGAAGAAUUGACACGUCUGCUUCUACGUCAGAAUUUUGAUAUAAGCUUGAUAUUUUCACGGUCCCCAUUCUCAGUUUUUUCCACCUGGGAUUCUCGACGUACUACGGAGUGGUGUGUACGCCCAUUGAAGAAAUGGGCGUGUUUUAAGCAAGACCCCGCCUCACUUUACCUUAUAUGGUCAUUGAACCGAACGUUGAUUGACAGCGAGCAGCAGCUGCUGAGUUGCUCAGACAUGGCGGAGGAUACAGUGUAACUGAGGCUCGGCGGCGGAGUUACGUGAGUUUUCCCAGCAGUUGAGUCGGCGGAGGGCGCAUUAAGUGAUACCGAAGGGGAGGAAAAUGCGCUCACCCGCGGCGUACACGGAAGGGAAGCGUACGACGACGUGGAGCGCCACACGCGAGUAAGAUGGAAAAAUGUAUCGCUGUUUAGUGCAGCCAACAGCCUUGGGCAACAAAUAUGGCUUCUUGUGCCUUUUCCAAUAUGCUAUAAAAAUUGAUCUCCCGUGCAACCUCAUGCCUCGGUGGCUCCGGCGAACUUCUGCAAGCCGCGACGAAUCCACGUCAGUAAUCGCUUGGUACUUUUGAUCGGGUCGGAUCUUCCAUCCACUUGGCCGUCCGUGGGUUAGCCGGGGAAGCUACGGAACUACGGCGGGGUAGCAAUGGAGCCAAAGCACAAAGAGUUGCUCGACCAGUGCCACCAGAACUUAUUGGAGUCCAUAACAGACGCGGACCGGGUGAUCGAGCUGCUGCUGGUCUCCGGCACCCUGAGCCAGCUGGACAGGUUCGAACUGGACCAGAACUGCUCGUCCAGCGCCGAGAAAGUCGACCACCUUUUGAAGAUGCUGAUGAACAAGGAGAGCGACCAUUUCCUCGACCUGUGUGUGGCCCUGGAGAAAGCCUACCCUGACCUGUACGCUGCCCUUUUCGGCAACAACGGCGGAGGACCCGUGGACCACUCCACCGGUUCCACAUACAGCGUCCUCUCCACCAUGCCAUCUGACUCAGAAAGCAGCAGCUCCCUCAGCAGUGUUGGUUCGCCUGUUAACGGCGAAGCCUCCUCCCCUCCCCCAGCCAUCAACGAUAACAGGCACACCGGCGACAACCUGGACACCAUCUUGCUUCAGCUCCGCCAGGUGACCAGGGAGCGAGAUGAGCUCCGCAAGCGCCUGGCGUUGGCAACUCCUGGGACCACCUUCGACGACUGCAGGCCAAAUUCCAAAGCCAGCCAUGACUAUGAGCGUCUGAAAAGCCAGUGCAUGAGGGCCAUGGCAGAUCUGCAGUCUCUCCAGAACCAGCAUACCAAAACACUGAAGCGGUGCGAGGAGGCUGUCAAGGAAGCUGACUUUUACCACAUGCUGCAUAGCCGUGUGUUAGGCGACCAGACACAGCUGAAGGAGGAGAUGGAAACACUCAGGAGGGACAAUGCCCAGCUUGUCCGGGAGCACAACCACCUAAAACAGAGCUGCGAGGAGCUCCAGCGGCUGCACAGUCAAGACCAGAAGGAGCUGGCCGAGCUCCGGCUGCAGCAGCAGCAGGUACCGUCCACUCACAGGAGCACGGCUUUGUGCAUCUCUGCCGCAGCUGUAAUGAAAGAAAAGGGCUCGUCGGAGGUGUUGAAUAAGCUGUAUGACACGGCAAUGGACAAGCUGGAGGGUGUAAAGAAGGACUACGACGCCCUUAGCAAGCGCUACAGUGAGAAAGUGGCUAAUCACAACACCGACCUGAGUCGCCUGGAGCAAACCGAGGAAGAGAACCGGAGGCUGCAGAAGCAGAUGGAUGCGUUGCUCAAACAGCGGGACUCGGCCAUGCAUUACCAGCAGCAGUACUCUACCUCAAUAAGGAGGUUCGAUUCGGUGCAGCAGGAACUGAACAAGUCCUCGGCCCAGAACAAGGAGCUGCAGAGGGAGAUGGAGCGGCUGCAGUCGGAGGUGACGCGUUACAAGAACCUGCAGCUCAAAGCAGCCAAGGAGUGCGAGAAGUAUAAGGAGGAGAGGGACUCCGUGUUCAGCGAGUACCGUCUCAUCAUGAGCGAGCGGGACCAGGUGAUCAAGGAGCUGGAUAAGCUGCAGACUGAACUAGAGGCAGCUGAGGCCCGACUGAAAAACACUUCAUCUGAGAGGGUUGUGGCCAGUGAAGAGCUGGAGGCACUCAGACAGGAGUUGAACUCGUCGCUAGUGGACCGUGACAGGGCCAUCUGUGAGAGGAACGAGCUGCUGGAGAAGUACUGCCACGAAGUGAAGGACAAAGCAGAAGCCCAGAAGGAGCUGAGCCAGGCCUGCAAAGACAUCGAGAUGGUCAGAGAGGAGAGGGACGUGGCCCGCAAGGAGAGGACCGAGGCCAUAAUUCAAAGGGAUCAGCUGCUCAGAGAAUAUUAUCAGGCCAGACAAAAACAAGACUCCGCUACCCUGGACAUGGAACGAGCCAAUAAGGAGAUAGAGGUGCUGAGGAAGCAGUAUGAGGCCAUGUCCCAGGAACUGAAGGAGGCCACACAGGAGGCUGAAGUGGCCAAAUGUCGAAGGGACUGGGCCUUCCAAGAGAGGGACAAAAUUGUAGCAGAGAGGGAGAGCAUAAGGACUCUUUGUGAUAACUUGCGGCGAGAAAGGGACCGGGCAGUGAGCGAUCUGGCAGAUGCCCUGCGGAAUUUGGACGACAUGAGGAAACAGAAAAACGACACGCUGCGAGAACUCAAAGAACUAAAGGAAAAGAUGGAGAGCCAGUUGGAGAAAGAGGCCCGGUUCUGUCAGCUAAUGGCCCACAGCUCUCAUGACUCUGCCAUCGACACAGACUCCCUCGAGUGGGAGACAGAGGUGGUUGAGUUUGAGAAAGACAGGGAAGACAUGGACUUGAAGGCACUUGGAUUUGAUGUUGCUGAGGGGGUAAAUGAUCCAUAUUUACCAGGAGAUUGUGGAAUAUUUGUUACAAGGGUGGACAAAGGAAGUAUAGCUGAUGGAAGGUUAAGAGUGAACGAUUGGCUGCUGAAGAUUAACGACAUCGAUUUGACCAAUAAGGACAGGAAGCAGGUGGUGAAGGCUGUCCUUAAUGGAGGGGGAUUGAUCAACAUGGUGGUACGAAGAAGAAAGUCUCUGGGAGGAAGGCUUGUCACUCCUGUUCACAUCAACCUUGUGGGACAUAAAGACAGUGGUAUUGGCCUGGAGAGCGGAGUGUUUGUUACUGCCAUUGUCCAGGGGAGUCCUGCAGCCAGGGAGGGUUCUCUCACAGCUGGAGACAGACUCAUAGCUAUAAAUGGAAUUACUUUGGAUAACAAGUCUGUGACAGAGUGUGAGGCUCUUUUGAGGAGCUGCAGGGACUCUCUUAGCCUCUCGCUCCUGAAGUUUUUCCCCCAUAGCGCGUCGGGCCAGAAUAUCUUUGAGAGUCUGCGUGAGUCAUCAGAAAAGCCAAACGGGCGCAUUCACCUGUCCGAGAUCCACUCCAGGAACAGCCGCAACCUCAGACACAACAGCUCCACGCAGACCGACAUCUUCUGCCCGGAUGCUGGAAGUGCCAGCUCAAGUAGUAUAUCUGGGGAGAGGAGGAAGGUCAGAGGCGAAUCUGAUGAGAUGUAUGGCGACAUGAGCAAGCCAUUCUCCACAGGGUCACUUCACGCCACUAGCCUUCGGCCCGGGUCAGACCUGGGAAGUGGCCGCUAUGGGCCCAGUGCUUUCCAAGAGUGCUGCACCUACACAAAGGGGCCUUCGUCUUUACCCUUUGAGCCUCUUUCUCCCUCCAACUGUAUCGCUAUGGAGACGGCUCUGGAGAAGAAGCACAGUGGGGGCACUUGGCCUAAGAUGAUGGUGGGAGGCAUGUCGGUCGCACCAGAUAAUGCCAGUCCAGUCCCAGCAGCCACCCAACUCUCUAUCUACAAAUCACCCAAACAGAGGAAGUCCAUCUUCGACCCGGACACUUUCAAACGCCCUGAAACGCCUUCCUCCAAGAUGGAGUACAUGGCAGCUAAUCAGAUUGCAGCUGCAGUGUCUCACUCCCCUCAGCCUUCAAAGACAGAGUCUCUCUCCUCUUCUUCCACUCCAACCCCGACCCCUCCCACCCCCCCGACUCGCAGCGACUCUUUCAAAUUUAAACACAAACAUCAAAGCAGCUCUGCCUCUGACUGCACUAUCACCUCUGAUGGCAAGGGGGAGGCUGCCAUCACCAUGGCAGCAGGAGAGAGCCGAGAGAGGAGUGAGCGAGAGCGAGACCGGAAUGGAAACCACUAUUUUCUGGAUGGCAAGGUCCUCACCUCGAGAAAGUCAUGUGACGAGGACAUUGGCCGUACCAGAGGGGAGGAGCCAGAGGUAAAGAGGCCACGCCCCAAAUCUGCCCCUGCACUUCGACGUAGGAUGACUCCUCAAACCAUCACCCUGCCCUCCUUCCAAAGCUACUCCAACGAUGAGCAUUCACCAGAGCCCAGAGACAUGCUGCGUUCUUCCCCCAGCCGCUCUCAUAGACACAGUGUUGGCUUUGUUCCCACCGUCUUCAAUGGCAGCUUACCUCCAAAUUCGGCCCACCGAGGACUGUCUCCUUGCCCUGCAGUAACAGCUGUGAUGAGGAAUCCAGUAUACACCGUGCGCAGUCACCGCGUUCAUACCAGCAACUGUCCCUCCGUUGCGUCUCAGAUAUGUCACCAGCACAAUCACACCAGCCCACAACACCAGGGUCGUCUGAGCCUGGACCUGAGCCAGCAAAAGCGUACAAAUGACUACUCUGAGUCCUCAUCAGCACGCAGCAGCAGAGCUUCACACGGUACAAACUCACUGCCCUCCAGUGCACGGCUCGGUCAGUCUCUCACGCACGCACGCACGUACAGGCGAAAGGUCACAGACAUGCCGCCCUUUUCCCUUUUUGCUCUAUGUGUCAAAGCACUCACUCUAGCACUCUUCCAUUUGCCAGGCUCUUCCAGUAAUGUUCAGUACCGCACAGAGAGGAUCAAAAUCCCCUCCACCCCCCGCUACCCACGCUCCAUGCUGGGCUCAGACAGAGGCUCCCUCUCGCAUUCAGAGUGUAGCAGUCCAAGUCUCAUCACGCCUCCACAGUCGCCUCUCAAUCUGGAGACGUCCUCGUUUGCCAGCAGCCAAUCACAGGGCUCCAUUUCCACUUUACCUCGGAUAUCAGUCAGUCCUGUGCCAAUAGGGGAGCGCAGGAAAGACCGCUGCUGUCUUGUGAUGCUGGACAUUAAUGCAGAUUUUUUCUUCCCCAUUAGACCAUACCUGGAGGAACCACGCAACGUCAUUGUGCAUAAAGGCGCCGAGCCUCUGGGCAUCUCCAUUGUCAGCGGGGAGAACGGAGGAAUCUUUGUCUCAAAGGUCACUGGAGGGAGCAUCGCCCACCAGGCAGGGCUGGAGUAUGGAGACCAAUUACUAGAGUUCAAUGGAAUCAACUUGCGAAACGCUACAGAGCAGCAAGCCCGUCUCAUCAUCGGCCAGCAGUGUGACACCAUCACCAUUAUGGCCCAGUACAACCCACACAUGUACCAGCUUGGCAACCACUCUCGCUCCAGUUCUCGACUGGAGCCAGUGAGCACGCAGUCGACCCCCCACGGGAGCGGCACUGUAACUCCAGACAAUCCUUCUACCAUCGAUACCCUCAGCGAACAAGACGAAGGCACGCUCACCCCCUCCUCCAAGCAGACCACACCCACAACUAGCCCUCAGAGCUUUAUCAGAGUGCCAUCAGAGGGCAGCAGGAAGGCGGGUGAGCUCCGGCUCGUCACUGUGCGCCGGCCUGGUGUGGAAGUAGGAGUCACACUCUGUGGAGGUAACCUACGGGGUGUCUACAUCGAGAGUGUGGAUGAGGACAGCCCCGCGAGAGGCACGAAUGGGCUUCUUGCUGGAGACCUCAUUCUGGAGUAUAACUCGGUGAAUAUGAAGAAUAAGACGGCAGAAGAGGUUUAUGUUGAGAUGCUGAAGCCUGCAGAAACGGUCACAUUAAAGGUGCAGCAACGGUCCGAAGACUUCGCUGUGGUCAAAGAUGUCCCGGGAGAUGGCUUCUAUAUUAGAGCACUUUACGACAGGGUGGGGGAGGCUGAGGGGGACCUCAGUUUUAAGAAGGAUGACAUCUUGUAUGUGGACGAGUCUUUACCAAAGGGCAGCUUUGGGACCUGGAUGGCCUGGCAGCUAGAUGAGAACGCACAGCAAAUCCAGAGAGGACAGAUCCCCAGCAAGUACAUGAUGGACCAAGAGUUCUACCGAAGACACAGUGUGACCGAAAUGAAGGAAGAUUCCAGUAAGACUCUCUCUGCAGCAGCCCGCAGAUCCUUUUUCCGAAGGAAACAAAAACAGAAACGUAGCAGCUCCAAAGACAGCAAAGAGAUGGUGGCUCUGGAUACCAUCAGCACAGACUCCAUCCCGUUCUUUGAUGACUGUGUGAGCCUGGCCUACCAGCGGGUCCAGAAGGUGGAUUGCACCUCUCCCCGACCAGUGCUAGUACUCGGUCCCCUCACUGAUCCUGUCAAGGAGAUGCUGGUAAAGGAAUCCCCCGGAAAGUUCUGCAGAUGCGUACUGGAAGUGAUGAAGGCAUCUCAGCAAGCCAUCGAGCGUGGUGUCAAAGACUGCCUCUUUAUCGACUACAAGCGCAGGAGUGGACAUUUUGACGUGACCACUGUUGCUUCUAUAAAGGAAAUAACAGAUAAGGGCUGUCACUGUUUGCUUGACAUUGCCCCACAUGCCAUCGAAAGGCUCCACAGCGUUCACAUUUACCCCAUCGUUGUCUUCAUCCGCUACAAAAAUGCCAAGCAGAUCAAAGAACAGAAGGAUCCAAUCUAUCUGCGGGACAAAGUAUCUCAAAAACAUUCCAAGGAGCAAUUUGAAAGUGCUCAGAAGAUAGAGCAAGAAUACAGCAAGUUUUUCACAGGUAUUGUCCAAGGUGGCACCCUCCCCUACAUUUGCACUCAGAUCAUCACUAUAGUUGAUCAAGAACAAAGUAAAGUCCUGUGGACUCCACUCGGCUGCCCCUAGAGGAGACCGGCUGCCACUACAGUGAGCCUCGGCUCUCAGAUCCAUUCCCCAAACUCUAGUUAAUCCCUUCAUACUAUACCAAUAGGUACACUAUAGUGAGCUAGUUGUGUAAAUUAUUGAUAUUUUUAUUUGUCUUUGUUAUGAUUUAUAAUCAGAGCCUCCUUUAUUUCUGAUGUACUCCGGAGCAGGUUAGUAGCACUGGAUAUCAAUGUUUAAGUUCAAUCAGUCUUCCCUAAGGAUUUCUGGUGGUGUAUUUGUAAUGCUGCAUUGUAAGCGUCCGUUUACAGUUACAAGACAAGUCUAAAUAUUGGUGUUCAAUAUUUGCUUGGUUGAGUGUCCUUCCCCCUCUGUGUUCACAAGCCUCAACACUAAUGAAGUUCAAUCCCCCCUGACCCCUGUGUAAUAAAUGAGAUUUGUGGUUUCCCAACAAUUAUGCACCCAUUUGAUGAUGACUGACAACUAAUUGUAUAUUUGUGCGUGUGAAUGUGUGAAUCAGAACUUUAAGACUGUUGUUCACAAUUGUCAUGAUCAUUUUAGCUGAACUGUGUCACGGCUGUUAACACGGACACAAUGGAAUAGAAAUGGAAUGCCAGUAUCAGGCAUCACGUUCCUUGUGGUGUCAUCACAAAAGUGCAAAAACCAUCAAACCUUUACGUAUAUGUAGCUUAGACCUUACUGAAGCUGCCUGCCAUCAGUUGUUGUUUGCUCUAUGCAUUGUGUUUCCGAAGUAGCUUAGGUGUGGACAGUUUAUGGGCCUUUCAGAAGUGCCUUUGGAGAAGAAGCCUGAUCUGAAACCAGCCCCAAGUCAUUUUGCCAGAACACUGAGGAUUUUCAAUCCACCCAACCUGGACAAGAUGAUUUAAGGGUCGAUUUGAGACCAGUACAGUUUACAGAGCAUGACAGUAAUGAGGUUUGGAGGUUAGGCCGAUGUGGCGGCCAACGGGUUAACUCCUCUAAAUGCACUCCAGGGUUAGACAGACCACUGUGUAACUACCAUUCAUUCUAUUUAACAUGUAUUUAACAAUGAUAUAAAGUACACUAUAUACAGUAUGCAGACACUCUGGAAAAAAUCACAUAUACAGAUGACUAUAAUGCAUUUAUUUUCUCUUGGUAAAACAUCUAGGAACUUCUAGUGGUCGAGUCGUGUCUUAGCAGGUAUUAGUAUUUUAUUUUAUUUUUAGAAUUUACUCUAGGUUUUUGUUGUGGUUGGUUGUCAGUCACUUAUCAAUGUACUCAUAAGACACACUAUGAAGCAAAGUUUGUCAGUGACUUUUCAUUGUUAUUUAAUUGUAUUUUUUAUUAUUAUUCAGGAGGCAAAAAACAAACUGAAAAAUGGAACAAAAAUAUUCUGCCCUUCCUCAAAACCAUAUCUUGUAUCUUAUUGUGCCAAAAUCCACUAAGGCAACUUUAUCCUUUUAUUUCUAUUUUGCACUUGUUUAUCUGUGAACCUUAAACUGUUCCUAGGUUUCCAGCAGACUAUGAAUAGGUACUAUAAUUUCUACUGUAACUAAUUCAUGUUUUAUGUACACAUCAGUUCCUUACAUUUCAUUGAUGGCCUUUUAUUCUUAAUUUGAAAAAAAAAGGAUCGCUUCUUAUUUGAAUUAUUAAAAAAGGGAUCUAUUCUUGCACAGUUUUUCAAAUGAAAUAUUGUCCACGUCUUGCCUAUUGGGUUAAAAGAGUAAGCAGAAGCAAACUGUAAUGUUACUAUUUUUCUGAGUAGUUAGCAAAAGCCUACAUUAGAGUAGGAUGUACCGUAAAAUGGUUGCAUAUUUAGAAAAAAAAAAGAUCUUUAAAGAGUCUAGAUGCCAGGUACUGAUUUAAAAUGUUCUUAUUAAAAAAGAAUGUGAUUUGUAUGUUGAGACAUUAACAUGAGAAUAAAACUCAUUCUUCUGUAUCA